AAUAAUACAAUAAAAAAAGAGAAAUGAUUUCCAAGCUGUUACGCACGAACGUCCUUGCUAUUCGAUGCGUAGAUGAUCUCGUGCUUACAGGCAUGGGAUCCACGCUCUACGUUUACGACAAGAAUUCUUAUCAACUAAGAAGUAAAUUAAAUUGUUUAUAUCCAAGUAAUAUACACGGGAUUGUCGUGGGACCAAAUAAUAUAUUGGCUGUAUUUGGUGCUAAAUCCAUAUUUAUCUGCGAUAUUAUUAAGCAAAAAGAAGCAGUAACAUUUAAAAAACUAAAUAACAAUGAAUUCAAUGAUUGGAUAAUUGCUUUGCAAUGGAUAUCAGUUAAGAAACAACUGCAAUUAGCAAUUUUGUUCGCCCAUAAUUAUAUAUCUUUGUAUGACAUAUCUGGAAAUUCUUGUCAAAUUAUAUACUGUAAAGAAAAUUGUAUACUCUAUGGUGGAUCUAUAUCGGGAACAUUGAAAGAAAACUUGGUAAUAUUUAGUGGAACAGUGUUUCAAGAAAUUUUAAUAUGGAAAGUGGAUAAUAAUCUUGACAAUAAUAAAAGUGUACCAGUUUUGCAUCGCUUGAAGGGACACAAGGGUGUGAUUUUCUCUGUUGUUUUUGACCCAUAUUCUCAUUUUGUAUGUUCCACAUCUGAUGAUAGAACUGUCAGAUUAUGGAAAGUAAUUGGAAACAAGAGCUCUGAAAAUGGUAACAUAAACUGGCAGGCAGCAACAGUAGUGUUGGUGAAAACAAUGUAUGGACAUACAGCAAGAGUUUGGAGAGCUACUGUUAGGAAUGAUAUUGUUAUAACAAUAGGCGAAGACUCACUCAUAUGUACAUGGUCACUCUCAGGUAAUUUACUUAAUAAAGUUUAUGCUCAUCAUGGAGCACCCAUAUGGAGUAUUGACACGUCUGAAGACGAUAAAAAUAUAUUCACGGGUGGAGCUGAUGGAGCUGUGUGUGUAUGGCCAACCGCAUGUUACAACAGUCCAAAAAUAAUUUCUCUAGCUAGUGAUAAUACGCAUGAUAUUCCUAAAUACAUAUCAUAUUUGAACAGUGGUACAAUUUUGAUUUUUAACGAAAAAGGAACCUUAUUCUGUUAUAACAAAGAUGAAACUACGCCAAAGGAUUCUUUAUAUUUGGAAAAAUAUUGCAAUUAUUGUAUUAUGAAGGUUUCCUCGUGUCGCUCUUUUGUCGCUUUCGCAUCUAGAGAUGGAUAUGUGACCUUAUAUAAAGAGAUUAUUGAUACGAAUACAAAUACCAGGCAUCUGCAUCAGGUUCUUGAAGAGAGAAUAAUGGAAUCACAAAUCUUUUCUUUGCAGUGGUUGAGAGAUGACACAUUAAUAGCCUGUGGUGCGAAUGGUCUUCUAAGAAUAUUUAAUUUUACAAUCAAUGGUACGACCAACGUAGAGGCAGAGUGCAUGUUACCUCCUAGUCGGGAACGUUGGCUAACUGCCGCUACAAUAUACGAAGACUUGUUAGUAUGCGGAGAUAGAACUGGAAACGUAUAUAUAUUUGAAUUAAAAAACGAGAGCGGAAACAUCAAGAAAUCUAGUCAAACACUCAUUAAGGUCCACGGUAAAAUAGGAGUUCAAUCCUUCGACAUGUUGGAAGGAAAGUUGAUGACGACUGGUCGCGAUGGGAUGUUGAGAUUUUAUGAAUUAAAUAAAGAGAACAGAAACUCCUUGAUGACUCUGUAUAGGAAGAAAAUGCCAAUGGACUGGAUCAGUGGCACGUUAAAAAUGGACGGUAUUUUACUUGUAUUAGGUUUCAAAGAGGUGGAAUUUAUAAUAUACAACUUGCCACAGGAAAGGCUGUUGGUCAGAAUUCCUUGCGGCGGUGGUCAUAGAUCGUGGGAUUGUACGAUAUUGAAUAAUAUGGCCAGUUUUGCUUACAUACGAAAUAAGCAGGUCUACGUGUUCGAUUAUCCUCUGAGAUCAUUAAAACUGCCGUUGUUACAAAAUGGGUUUCACGUAAAAGAAAUUUACUGCCUUCAACGAAUCGCGAGUUUGGGUGCGCAGGAUAUCUUCGUGUCUGGCGGUGAAGACUGCACUCUUCGCGUCAGCUGUAUCUCCCAAGUAUCUCGAAGUGAUUCUGGUGUCUUUCACAAUUUAGGAGUCUACGACGGUCAUCUUUCAGGUAUAAGAUGUAUAAGCACUGUUAAAUUGAGCGAUGAGUCGAGUAGCAGGCAUUUGGUGUUCUCCGGUGGAGGAAGAGCGCAACUGAAGAUUUGGCAGAUGAAUUUCAAGCGUAACGGAAAGUCAUCGCCGAACGUAGAUCUAUCGUGUUUCGAUAUUAAAUCCCAUAUGCUCUACGGGCAAGAUCAAUAUCGUAAGAAACUUUGGCAAGAGACUGAGCACUCUUACGUCGUUGAACCGGAAACGCGUUACAUGGAUAUUUACGCGUAUUAUCCGUCCGAAAGCUUGAAUCACGUAUUAAUAUUUGUGGCAUGUGCAGGUGGAUACCUGAGGAUAUUUAUAUAUGAUAUCAAAACAAGCAAUACGUAUUUGAAAGUAUCUACCAAAUAUAUAGAUCGAUGUAUCUUGAAGAUGCAUGUUUUGUCGCAUGAGCGUAAAAUGAUCGUACUGACAAUGACCACCGAUGGAAUGCUACAUUUCUUCGAUCUUACCGAUGUGGUUUCGACAAUAUAUGAGGACGCCGAUUUGGAAAAUCAGAAUAUCGUAAAUUUCAACGAUGCACCUUUCGCAGAAUUCAGCUUGCAUCAGUCGGGAAUUAAUUCUUAUGAUUUAAAAUACUCGGAUGAAAACAAGUAUCUCUUAGUCACCGGUGGCGACGACAAUCUCUUCAAUCUUCUUUGCUUCCAAAUUUCAGAAAUCGACGAGAUAUUGUCGGUUGUAAUAUUGUCUAAAUGGAGCACAGCAUCCACACAUUACUCACAAAUUGCGGGUCUGAAAUUUAAAGGCAAUGAUCAGAUAUGCAGUGUGGGGAUAGACCAGCAAGUUAUUAUCUACAGCUACUGGUGGUCCGAUGGAGCUUUAUCCGUGAAGGUACUAUCUGAAGUAUUCACUUCUGUCACAGAUGUACAAGGCAUGGACUUGUGGCCUUCUGACAACAAUGGCAAUAUCGUGUGUAUAUAUGGAAGAGGUUUUGAAAUACUGUCUGUUUGAAAUGUUUACUUUGUAUACGUACACUAAAAAUCAUCACUUGAAUAACAACAAAAAGUAUUUUCUUUUUUUAUAAAAUUUAAAACUCCGUCUCUGCAGUCAGUUUUGCAUUUGUACAUAUAUGUAUUUUUAAGGUUAUACAUACGUGUGAAUGUAUAUAAUACUAAAUAAA